UUUUGAUUUGAGGUAAUAGUAAUUGGCUGCACCCCUAAAGCCGGAAGUAGCAAAGCAAAUAAAAAUGAUACAGACAGGAUAUAAGUAAUUGCAAUGCUUUGUAAUUUAUAGUUGAAGGUAGCAAAGAUGUAUGUUGCAUCGUUUAGAAUCUUUAAGAAGUUCACAGUUUCAAAGUUAAUAUAUGCUAGAAUGUCCACUGCAAGUGAUUAUUUGAAAGAGAAGACGGGGUUGGUGCUUGGCGUAUACACAGCUGAUAAUGCUGAGUAUUUGAAAUUAACCCCAACAGCUCAGAAAUUCAACGAAAAGUCGAAUGGGAUAUUACUAGAUAAUAUUAAGCUAGCAGGACCAGCUGUGGAUAAGGGUAAAGGACAAGUCUUCUACAAUCUGGGAUCACAGUUUCCUGUAAUUGCAGUUGUGGGCUUGGGUCUAGAUGGUGCUGACUACGAUGAACAAGAGGAUAUUGAUGAGGGACAGGAAAAUGUCAGAAUUGCAGCUUCAAAGGGAUGCAGGAUGUUGCAGGAAGUGGGUGUAUCAAAGAUUCUGCUGGAGGGAAUGGGUAAGCCUGAAGCAGCAGCUGAAGGGGCUACCCUGGGGCUUUGGCUGUUUCAGGAGUUCAAGAACAAGGACAAACAGAAAAAGAUUCCACAGCUGGAGUUGUAUGGAGAGGAAAAUGCUGGAGAAAGGGCUGCAUGGGACAAAGGUGUGAUAAAAGCUCAAGCUCAGAAUGUUGCUAGGAAGCUAGCAGACACUCCUGCCAAUCAUAUGACUCCUACAAUAUUUGCUCAGAAUACUUCAGAGCUGUUGACUGCACUUGGUGUGAAGGUGAUUGUCAGGGACAAGACUUGGGCUGAGAGUAAGAAGAUGGGCUCAUUUCUCAGUGUAGCUCGUGGUUCUGCUGAGCCACCAGUGUUUCUUGAACUACACUAUUCAGCAGCCGCUAAUAAACCAAUUACUCUUGUUGGUAAGGGCGUGACUUUUGAUAGUGGAGGCAUCAGCCUAAAGCCAAGUAACAAGAUGGAUGAAAUGAGGGGUGAUAUGGGAGGGGCCGCCUGUGUCGUUGCAACAAUUUAUGCUGUGUCUCUUCUGAAGCUGAACGUGAACCUUAUAGGUCUCAUACCUCUAACAGAGAACAUGCCAAGUGGAUCAGCCACUAAGCCUGGGGAUGUGGUUUAUGCUAUGAAUGGCAAGUCCAUCAUUGUUGAUGACACUGAUGCAGAGGGCAGGUUGAUCCUUGCUGAUGCUCUUUACUAUGCUCAGGAGUUUAACCCGCAGUUGAUUGUGGACAUAGCUACUCUCACAGGGGCUAUUAGAGUUGCACUUGGCAGUCCCGCUUGUGGAGUGUUCAGCAACUCAACACCUUUCUUUCAAAAACUGCAGCGAGCUAGUGCAAUUUCAGGUGACCGAGUAUGGAGAAUGCCAUUAUGGAAAUGUUAUAGCAAGGGGUUGACUGGCUCUGCUUCAUCAGAUCUGCUUAACAUAACAAAGGGGCCCCCAGGAAGAGGAGGAUCGUGUAUUGCAGCUGCAUUUCUCAAGGAAUUUGUCCCAAAAGGAAAUUGGAUGCACAUGGACAUAGCUGGUGUGAUGGAAACAUCCGAAAAAUUGCCUUACCUAGCAAAAGGAAUGACGGGGCGUCCAACACGCACCCUUGUAGAGUUCAUUUCAGCUCUAGCUACAAGUGGUGCUUAAAGCUCCCUGUCUUAAGAAAAAGAAAAGAAUCCUCUUUCACAAGAAGUGAAGACACUGUUUGUCAUGAAGUGAGAUGAAAAGAAAAGAAGUCUUCAUAUUUUAAUAUGAAUUUGUUUGUUUACGCUUGUUUUAUAAUCAGUUUCUAAUCAGUGUAAUUCUGUAUUUACAUUCAUUUUAAUACAAUAAUGAUCCAGGUGGGUUAUAUA